UCGUCAACAAUAGCAGCAGAGCAGGAAAACAAAGCACACCUACAUUUCCCUCGACUCAUUCUGCUUUCGCGUUGCGCUCGUUGCGCUCGUUUCUUGUUUCUUCCAACUGCCGUAGUUCACCUGUUUGUUUUUGCGCGGUGGAAAUCAAAACCCAUGGAGUGCGUAUGUUUGAUUUAAUUACACGGCGGAAGGUUUGUGCAAAACGCUCCACUGGAGGUGGUUGUUGUUGUUGUUGUGUAGAUAAAGAAGUUAUUGGGCGCGCGUGUGUGUGUGUAUAGUGAAUACGCGACUGUCGAACGCGUGACCCUUGUAGGCCGUUUUUUUCUUUCUUACAUUCGCACCUUCCAACAGUGAGCAGUUAGUGAAUAGGAAUAUUCCAGUGCACGGUGAUCUUCGCCAUACGUUCGUCGCGCAAACGCAGAUGUAGUGAAAUAGUGCUGUUGCGACAUUCUGUGAUUCCGUAGCUUCAGCGUUUUACCUCCAGCCAGGACGCUGUCUAAUUCUGCCUCAGUGCCAGUGUGGUGUGCGUGGGCAAUGUAGUAACCGAUUCUAAUCUACGUUUCGUUGAAUAUUGUUGCGCCCCCAGCCGUGCGCCGGAGGCACGAGCGGUGAUACUGAGCUGUACUGUGCUGUGCUGUGCUGUGUGUGUGUGUUCUGGUUCUGGUGCGAGUGCUUUUCUAAAUGCAAUUUGCUACGGCAAUCUCUAGCAUCUCCCAAACCGUCUGGGAACAGUGGAAGUACAGUGAAGCAAGCACAUCUUCAAAUUGCCGUUCUAAUAAGUAGUGCAUGGAUUUAGUGUGGCGCGUUUAGUGCUCGAAAGCCACACGCACACACAGACACACCUACAAACAGGAAAAUAAAGUACGCCAACACGCACGCACGCAUACUCCCCUGGUAGGGGGUGCUGCGAAAACGAUGGAUGUGGAAUCGGACGGAUCAGAACGGUGGGAGGAUUUUUUCGGAAGCAGCACCGACAUUGGCCCAUCGGUACUGGGCUACUUGGAUACUCUAGCCAAUAACUUCAGCGAGGAAGCUAAGCAACUAGUCGAAUCAUCCAACAACAAUAAACUGCAACUCCCGACUGCGACGGCGCCACCACCACCAGCACCAUCUCCCGCGGUAGCGAUCGUGCACCCGCUGCAAAGGGUUGCCGUCCAUGUGAUCAAGCACGAUACAACAUCCGCUGGUAGUGGCGACGGCGGCGUGUGUGAGGGUAGCGAGCACCAGCGAACAGUGGACGGUAGAGAAUAUCCCGCUCGCAGCAAUCUUUUCAGGUCAGCAGGUCUGCCUCCAUCCAGCACCGGCGAGCUAAACGCGGGAAGGGUUAAAAAGUUCUCCGAUAAGUUCUUCAGUCUGGUAUCGCCCAAUGUGCAACGGAUGGUGUCCAACACGACUGACGUGAACGGAACCACCACCAGCAGCAGCAGCAGCAGCAUCAACGGCGUGGAAUCAUCCGUCUUCAUCCGCAAUCAUGUCCAGUCGGCGUCCUUCAGUGCUGCGUCUAGUCGAAAACCUGGCAGACAGAUGGGGACUACUAUGCCGCUGCAAGUAACCGGUCACAGCCAUAAGAAUCUGCCGCUGUCCAAAAACAUUGCCAAACUGACGCACGUGAACAGUGAGCUGAUGAUGGAUCACUCUGUUGACGCCCCGAUAGCGCCUGCCAGGUACAGGCAGCACCGAGAAGCCAUGAUUCGUGUGCCAGUUGGUCAGGAGGAUAAGGAGGAGACCGUGGUCGAUGGUAAUGGAAACAUUGCCACCGAAAAGCGUCGCCAGAAUGCGCCAGCGGAAGAGCUACAGAACGUGUCCGCACUGCAGCUCAAGAUUCGUUCUCUUACGGUGGAGCUAGAAAACGGUACAGAUCCUACUACUACUACUAGUACUACCGGACCAUCAUCUUCAGCGGCCAGUCCCGUCCAAGCCAAAGAGAUCGGAGACCCGGUGGACAGCGAUGUUGUGCUGAGAGGCAACGCAGCAAACAGCGGCACCACUGUCGAUAACGCGUUCGUAGAGAACUGUGUAGACCUGGUGGAGCAUCGAAAUACCGUGGUCGAGGCGUGCAAUUUCUAUCCCAACCUUGGCCGUACCGUGCCGCCGAGUCCGGACGAUCGGCGCACCUUGGCAGAAGCACGGGCAAAGCUGCUCGAUGCGAACAGCAACUGCAAAGCGGCCAUUCCCGCCUCGCCCAAGCUGAACACGCGCAUCGCCAACGAACAAUCCACCUCUACGUCAACCCCAAGUUUGGACACUAGCGUCGGAAAUGGUUCGCAAUACUCUAGCAAAGCGUCGCUGCUGAUCCCUCCCAACACACCCGUGCUUAGCUCGCGACCGCUGUCGGCCUCGUCCAUCUGUUCCUACUCGUCCAGCACCAGUUCGUCCGGCUCGGAGCACCAUCUGCCCGGUGGCAAGGGCAGCGCGCCCGGCUCCUAUCAGGCCAGCGUGGAAAGUCUGGCCGAUCACAGCGAACCCGAGCAGCACGGUGGCAACGUGCUGCUCCUGCGACACUGCGAUGGAACUGAGCUGGCGCCGGGCACUGGUCCCGUCAUCGGUAUGACGAUGUGCGAACGGGCCGUACGGGAAAUUAUCGAUUCCGAGAGCAGCUACGUGAAGGAUCUUGGUCAGGUUAUUAGAGGCUAUCUGGAGGAUUGGAAAGAACGGGCCUGCCUGAAGCACGAUCAGCUAAAGGUGUUGUUUAGCAACAUUCAGGAAGUGUACGAUUUCAACUUUAAGCUACUUAACCGACUGCGCGAAGCCAAAGGCGAUCCGGUUACUAUUUCCAACUGCUUCAUCGAUCUGCACGCCGAGUUCUGUUGCUACACUACCUACUGCACCAGCUAUCCGGAAGCCAUUUCCCUGCUAACAACGCUGCUGCAAGCGACGCACACGAACGCGCUGCUCGUUUCCACGCAGAAAAUGCUCAAACACACACUGCCGCUGGGGUCGUACCUGCUCAAACCGGUGCAACGGAUUCUGAAGUAUCAUCUGCUGCUGGAUAAUUUGCGCAAACACUGCAGCGACCAGCAAGUGGCAUUGGCGCACGAGCUAAUGAAGAAAGUCGCACACAACAUCGAUCAGGUGAAGACGAAGCUGGACCAGGCGCGGCUAGUGAAGGAGCUGGCGGGCAUACUGGACGGUUGGCUCGGCCCGGACCUGUCCGUGUUGGGCGAUCUGCUGCACGAAGGUCGUCUGCUGGAGCACAGCAAGCCGCGCAUUGUGCUGCUCUUCCAAACCAUGCUCAUCAUCGCGAAGCCAAAGGAGGACAAAAGGCUACAGUUUCGCGCUUACAUACCGUGCAAGAAUUUAAUGCUGGUCGAGCAUCUUCCGGGCGAGCCGGUCUGCUUCCGCGUGAUCCCGUUCGACGAUCCCAAGGGAGCGCUCCAGCUUACGGCGCGCAAUCGUGAGGAGAAGCGCAUUUGGACGCAGCAAAUUAAGAAAGCGAUGCUGCAGCACUACUCCGACAUACCGACGAGGGCGAUGGAGUUGGUCCUGCAGCUCGGCGAUGAAGAUGAACGCUUUACAGAUAAGCAGUACUGGAAGCGGCCAGCGAACAAUUCGCCCAUCCCGGAGUACCUCGAACGGCGGCAGCAGUUUCGCCGCAGUGAGAUGCGGAUGCGAUCGAAGAAGAAUCUGCUCAAGAAGGAUGCUAGUGCUGCUGCAGUUCCACCGUCGGUCAAUGGCCUAUCCGGGCCCUCGUUCCGAUCGUACUCGAGCGACUUGGAAAGUGUCCCCCCUGCCGUGUCAUCCUCCAACCAGCGCCACGAAUCACCAUCCAACGAGGACUGCAAGUGUGAUGCGGUAAAGCGUCAAAUGCAAGAGGAGAUCAUCAAUCGUCCAGCAAAAGACGCAACGACGGCCGGCUCAAAGACCUCCCCACCACCACCAAAGCCCGCUCGCAGUCGGUCGGAAACGCGAUGCGGACCGGCCGAUGAUGAGGAAGAGCGGCUGCUAAAGUCUUUGUACGAGCGAAGAAAGCUUUCGGCGCCCACAAAGCGUGGAGCAAAGAUGAAGGAAAGCUUUGCUAGCAUUCGCUCGUACAACAGCACCAUGAUACCGAAGCGUAUCAGCGACAUACGGAAGCGUCGACCGAAGACGCUAACAAGCAGUUCCACGUUCUACACGGAUCUGGAGAUAAGCAGCGAAACGAAUGCGACGACGGAUCACGAAACUGCCGACCCAUCGAUCGGCGAUCAUGCCGCGAGUGAUGAGACGACGGUGGUGCAAACUGUCACAAAGGCGAUGGAACAAGAUUGCCAAACGGCUGCAAGCAGAGCGGAAUCGUCGGCCGGUGGCGAUGGUAGCAGUGGUAUGGAACCGAAGAAGGAUUGCGAAAUCAUCUCGCAGCUCAUUCUGGAUGUGGAGCAGUUCAAUAAGGUUCUGAACAAACCGGUUACGAAGAAGAAGUCGUUCGAUGCUUCUAGCUGCAGUCGUCCAACGACAUUGCUCAGUUCGCAACGCAAACCCGAACCGCCGAGUACGGAGCCACCCUGUGAUGAAGAUGACGAUGGGGGAGCGCAGGACGAAGAAAGUAAAUUGCAAACUUCCACUGUCACCCUUUCCGGAUCGGACGAAGCGGAACCGAUCUACGAAUCGUUGCUGCGUAACGUGCACGUACCGUACAAGUACGCUCCACCCUCGUUGGCAAGGCAUUCGCUGCCCUGCGGCGAGGGUGGUUGCUCCAGCAGCAGCAAUUCAGGUACGGGCUCGUGUCCGAAACUUCCCGACGAUCUGGCCGUUCGAAGAACUCGCCCCGAAUCGGACUAUGUCACCCUGGCUUAUUCGGAACUGGGCCUGCUGGAAGGCAUUGCUGCGGAGGAUGCGAGAAGUUUGCAGGUGAAAUCCAGCAGCCAGCACAUAACGCCACAGCUACUGCGUAACAGCGAUACCAACAUCAGUUACCAUCGCGACAACAACGGGCAGCAGGGCAAAGAAUCCGACGACGAUGUGGAAAAGCUUGCGAUGCAUCAUCAUCAUCAACCACCGACCUCACCAUCAUCGGGCGGUGAUCUUAGUGCACAGGGGAGCGAGAAGGUCACUGUUGUUAUGAAGCAGUCAUUUCUCGAGCGCCAGGGAAGCUUGAGCAUGAAGACUACGGCACAGAAAAGUAUUUUGCAACGAUUUAUCUCCCUGCACUCGACGUCCUCAUCGACCGGCGGUGGCACAAUGGGCAGUGAGGGCAAUCUGUUGCUACAUUCGCUUCAGCGCAAACUGUCCGAGCCAAAUGGUUCGGGCGGAGCAAUCUACAAGCAGGGCAGCAUGGACCUUGGCUCACGCAUUGCACAUCUUGACUAUGCCGAUCCGAGGACGCUCUUCUUUCCACCCUCGGCACCGUCCAGUGCGUCGUCCGUUACGACGCUUUCGAUGGGUGGUAGUGGUCCCACCGUCAACCAGAACGUGCUCAUCAACCGUGCAUCGAUGCAGUCGGCGAAUGGUGGUAACGGUAGUAACGAUGCGCAACAACGAGAUUCGGUGCUGGCAUCGAGCUCCUCCAGUGACAGUGUAUGCGACGAACACGCCAUUCCCGCUGGAUCAUCCAUGAACACCACCACCACCACCAUCGCGUACGACGAUGACGAUGACGAACGGUGCUGCUUCUAUGAGCGAACGGUCGAAGAGUGCCUGGAGCAUGAUUUUCGCGAUUCCGCCGUGUACAGUGGUGAUGACAAUGAUCGUCAACAGCAGCAGCAGCGUGUGAAUGGUGGUGGCAUCGAUCACCAGCAUCUUUACGAAGCGCUCACACCCAUUGCAUCGCCACCGCGUGCCAAGCAACCAGGCGAGCAGGCGGCACCGAACGGUGGUGAUUCGGGUGGUGGUCAGCAACGGAAUUCGGCAGCACCACCACCGAUCCCAGCGAAACCGGCACAUCUGGGUCUGGUGAAGCGGCCUACUUCGGCUGUGUCAGCUACGUCGCUAACGUCGCCAACAAACCCAACAGCCACGACCGGCACAGGAAACAACAACAGUCGUGGCUGGGUGUUACAGCAAGUGCGAAGAUUUCAGUAAAGAUUUCAAACUAG